UUUGACUUUAUGGGAUCUGUUCUUAGUUAUUUUCGAAGUCUUUUUGGACAACGUGAACUUAGAAUUCUUGUUCUUGGUUUGGAUGGAGCUGGAAAAACUACAAUUUUAUAUCGUUUACAAGUGGGCGAAGUAGUGACAACAAUUCCAACUAUUGGUUUUAAUGUUGAACAGGUGACUUACAAAAAUCUUAAAUUUCAAGUUUGGGAUUUGGGUGGCCAAACAUCCAUCCGGCCAUAUUGGAGAUGUUAUUAUUCAAAUACUGAUGCAAUUAUUUAUGUCGUAGAUUCAGCAGAUCGUGACAGAAUUGGUAUAUCAAAACAGGAACUCGUUUCAAUGCUAGAAGAGGAAGAACUUAAAAAUGCUAUCCUUAUGGUUUUGGCAAAUAAACAAGAUAUUCAUGGUUGUCUUUCAUUGGCUGAAGUACAUAAAGCAUUAGGAUUAGAAGCAAUUCGUAAUCGAACAUUCCAAAUAUUUAAAACUUCUGCAACAAAAGGAGAUGGUUUAGAUGAAGCAAUGGAAUGGUUGGCUGGUUCACUUCAAUCUGUUAAAUAA